ACAGGUUGGGUGUGAACAGGCAGCAGUGGAUUAUAAUACAACAUUUAAACAUGACUGUGUGUAACUGUAGAAUGUGGCCUGUGGCUGUCUACUUAUUGUGGAUGUGGAUGCUGGAUGCUGGCUGUGAAACACAAGAUCAAGCAGAGGAGGUGGAGAUUUUCCACUCUGACAAACAAGCCAAACUGGGCUGGACAUCUGGACCACCCUCAGAAUGGACUGACAUUCUUAUGAAACUUGGCAGACAGAGUCCAGUGCCUGUGCUCCAAGCUUGUGGAAGCAGAAUUACAAGAACUGUUUUAAGCCAGUGGAUGGAGCGCCAAGAAGCUCACUAUCUAAUGAUGGAUAUUGCAUUUGCUCAAGAAGAGGAGCCACCUGGUCAACUUGGCCCACUGAGAGUUCAUCUUUUCGAUACAGACACAACCAUCAGAAAGUUUCAGAAUGGCUUCAUGGUCCUGGAACUCCAGAAUUCUAAGCUUUUCCCUGGAGACACUAGACAAAUGUCCAGCUACCUGAAUCACAGCGUGGCCCUGAGUCUGGGCUCAGUCAGCCGCAGAGGCUUCCAGCUCGCCUUCUCCUACUCGGGGACAUGCGUGCUUUUAACGUCAAUAAGACUCUACUACAAGAGGUGCCUGGACACAGUGGCCAACCUGGCGUUGUUCGGUAGAACAGGGGCCGGGUCUGAGCCGCUGACAGGUUCAUGUGUGAUGGGAGCAGUGGAGGUUUCUCCACCAGUUAGAGAGUGUAAUUUAAAUGGAGUGUGGGGGCCACUGCAGGGAGGGUGUACCUGUGAACCUGGGCAUCAAGUCAUGGCCAGCACCUGUCAAGCAUGUAAGAUGGGCUACUACAAACCAACCAAUGACAGUGCAGGAUGCCGGCUGUGCCCCGCUAAUUCCGGGACACAUAGGGAAGGAUCGGAGAGAUGUGACUGUCUGCAGGGUUUCAGCCGCCUACCAACAGACCCCACAGACCUCAGCUGCACCAAGCCGCCCUCUGCUCCAGUGAAUCUAACAGCCCAUCCUCACAAUGACUCAGUGCUGAUGGUGACAUGGGAUCCACCUCUUGACCGGGGAGGCAGACAGGAAGUGAUAUAUGGCGUUGAGUGUGAGGAGAAAGCAGAGGCUGGUGGUCAGUGGGAGUCAUGUGAGGACCAUGUAAUUUUCCUGCCAGACUCAUCAGGGCUAACCAGCACAUUGGUCAGCAUCAUGGGACUAAACCCACAGCGCGACUACAGACUCUCAGUGCAAGCCUCGAACGACAUAUCCAUCCAACAAGGGGCACACCAAACAUCUACCGCUACUGUUAACCUUCAUAGAUGGAAAGUUCCGUCUGUUGUGAUCACUGUGAGCCCAGGCUUAAACAUCUCAGAACCUGAAAUGACAGCAGCUCCUCAGGACCAGAGACCCGUCUCCAUGUGGCCGACUGUUGGUGCUCUGUUUGGUAGCCUACUGCUCAUGGCUGUCAUCCUCUUAGCUGUUUGCAUCAUCCGACGAAACUACACUAAACUCAGAACAGAGCCAGAAAUUGAGCUUGGGCCAGUGAGCGUUGACUUUUCCUACCGACGUCCAGAGGUGGUGGAGGCUGCAGCCCAGCAGGCCGACAUUCCAGGGGAGGCAGGGGUUGCCGAGAUAUUGGAGGGGUUCAGUGGCAGCCUGCUUGCCAGUCUGAAGGAGGUUCUGGUAGAGAGAAACAAGCUGACCCUGGGGAAGGAGCUUGGCAAAGGGGAGUUUGGUUCAGUUCGUGAAGGGGUUUUCACACCAGAGGAAAAUUUGGACAUCAAAGUGGCCGUGAAGACCAUGAGAGUUGGAAUCCACAGCCAGGAAGACUUGGAUGAGUUUUUGAGAGAGGCCGAGAUCAUGAAGAACUUUGAUCAUGAAAAUGUGGUCAAACUACUCGGGGUCACUUUGCAGAGGGAGCAGGACACUCCUCUGCCGGUUCCACUCGUCAUACUGCCAUAUAUGAAACAUGGAGACCUGCGUCGCUUCCUUAUUGCAACACGCUAUGGUGAUAUUGCAAUGUUUGUGCCCCAUCAGAGUCUCCUGCGCUUCAUGAUUGAUAUUGCAGCAGGGAUGACCUACCUGAGCUCACAGGGGUUUCUGCACAGGGACUUGGCCGCACGCAACUGCAUGCUGGGGGACGAUCUCAGGGUAUCUGUGGCUGACUUUGGCAUGUCCAAGAAAAUCUACAGCAGCAAUUAUUAUCGCCAGAAAGUUGCUAUCCGUAUCCCAGUCAAGUGGAUGGCCAUAGAGAGCCUGUCGGAGUCUGUGUACACCACCAAAAGUGAUGUGUGGUCAUUUGGGGUGACCAUGUGGGAGAUUGUGUCCCGCGGAAGGACUCCUUAUCCAGGAGUCCAUAACCAUGAGCUGCUGGACUUGCUGCUGUCUGGACAUAGGCUCAAACCACCUGAGGAGUGUGACCAAAAACUUUAUGAAGUCAUGUGGAGCUGCUGGGAUAAGGAGCCGAAUCGGAGGCCUGGCUUCAGGGAACUGGGUGAAACACUGAAAGGUCUUCUGUUGGAGCUGCCCGUCCUGGAGGCCAGCCAGGAGGCCAGUUACAUCAACCAGGGGCUGGAAGCUGCUGCUGCUGUAGCUGCAACUCUGGAACGCCAGACAUACUCUGAAGAAAGAUGGGAAAAUGACUACCAGCCUACACCUAUGGGUGCUUCUGCAGCAAGAGAUGAGGAUGAUGAAGAAGAGAGUGGCUACCUUAAGGAUUUUACUGCUUCAACAGUUAUAAGAAGUCACAAAGAAUAAUUAUGUAUUAGAAUGUUGAGUUGGCAUGGCACGUGAGUGAGAGUGUGUGUGUGUGUGUGUGUGUGUGCGUGAGAGAGAGUGAGUGAAAAAGAGAAAAAAAGUUUUUUUCUGUGUAUCAACCACUCAGGAGCAUUUUCAGGCAUACAAGGGUGGCAGCCACUGGAAUCAAAUUGGCCGCUGCGUGUGCCCUCACACCAAAUCUGAAAGUCAAGUGACUAAAAUAUAAAUGGGACUGUCUUUUGCAUUUUUUACAAUAUUUUGUACACCUUCUAUCAUACAGCUUUACAAUGAAAUAUGUUAAAGUUUCACAGUUAAAAAUGAUCUGAUUAAUUUUAUUAUGGAUUCUUAAAAUACCAAUAUUGGUCUUGGUAUUUUUGCCUUUUCUCAGUAAAUAUGCACUGUACUAAAUAUUAUGUAGCCCCUUGUAAGUUGUUAAGUUUGAGCUUCAUUACAUGUAAAAGUUCAGUGGAAAAUAUAAAACAAUGUCCUUACUCUUAUGGAGGGUUUAGGGCAGAGGAUUUAGUUUGUGGUAACUGUUUCAACUUGACUUUUUUAUAAUAAACUACAAA